GGAACUGAGUGUUAAGAGCCAAACAAACCCUUCCCCUUCCCCUUCGCCACCUCUAGCAGCUUCUCUCGCCGGAAAAAAUGGCUUCCACUCUGCUUUCUCACUCCGGGAUUACCCUCAAAGGAUCACCCAAGCUUCUUCCGCCGCCACUAAUGGCAGCUCACAGAUUGCCCGUGGUGCAAAAGAUGAAGAAGGGAGGGAUUAAGUGCAAGUUGGAAGAGAAGCAAGAAGGAAAGAGGUCAAAAGAAAGCCUGAUUUCCGGGACGGUGGCGGCCAUGGCGACGACCGUGGUGGCAAUGGCGGGUCCGGCGGUGGCGCUGGUGGAUGAGAGGUUGAGCACAGAAGGAACAGGGCUGCCUUUUGGUUUAAGCAACAACCUUCUUGGGUGGAUUCUGGCAGGGAUGUUUGGUUUCAUUUGGGCUCUUUAUUUUGUUUAUGCUUCAUCCUUGGAGGAAGAUGAAGAUUCUGGUUUGUCACUUUGAAUCACUCAUAACAUUUCUUCAUCAAAAUUUGAUUUUGAUUUACUAAAUUGUUAAUAAACAAGCGAUUAUCGCUAUUUUAGUCUCGUUUUUUUAAUGAAACGUUAUUCCUCUCGA